AUGGCAUCUUCCAAAUCAUCCAUCGCAACUCUCUUCCUCGCCUUCAACCUUCUCCUCUUUGUCUCCUCGCCGGCCGCCGCCGUCCUCGACACAUGCUCCUACGAUGUGGCCAACCUCAACGUCUGCGUUGAUUUGCUCAACUUUUUGUACGUUGGGGUUGGGACGAAGCCGCCAACCCAACCCUGCUGCACCGUGGUUUGUGGGGUAGCUACUGAUGUUGAAGCCGCCGUUUGCGUCUGUGCUGCCCUUAAAGCUGGCGUCCUUGGAAUUUAUGCCAACCUUAACCUCGCCCUCGAGUUGCUUCUUACUCAAUGUGGCAAGCACGUUCCCCUCGGCUAUGUCUGCGCUUAA